GACAAGAGAGAGAAAAUACUUUUUAGAUUCUUGUUACUGAACCAAAGCAGAUAUUUUGUGCUUUUACUGUGAAAUUGUUUUUUUUUUUUUAGAACUAGCCACUGUUUCCCCGGAAGUUGUCUAUGUCGCGCUUCACCUUUCUUGUUUUGCAAGGUAGAAGUGUCCGUCACUACUCGAUCUGUAACAUUUAACAUCAGCAGACGAACAGAAACACUAAAAGAAAACGGACAUUUUGUGCUUUUAAUAUGAAAUGUUUUUUUAUUGGUUUACCGGAAGUUGUUUUAUUUUGACAGUCGAGGCUAUACAAAGUGACGUUGCUUGAUAAACAGAGAAGGCGAGGCAGUCUCGUUCAGGUAGUGCCCCAAAUAUAAAAAUAAUUAUUUAGUUUAUUUUUUAUAGUCAUGCAGUCUUCCAAGAGGAGUGAGAGUGACUGGCAGGGACUCGUCAGUGAGUUCCUGGUGUGUAAGCGCAAGUUGGACAGUAAGAAGGAAGCUCUGCUCAUCCUCUCAAAGGAGUUGGACACUUGUCAGCAGGAGAGAGACCAGUACAAGCUGAUGGCCAACCAGCUGCGGGAACGCCACCAAGGCCUCAAGAAGAAGUACAGGGAACUCAUUGAUGGUGACCCGUCUCUGCCACCAGAAAAACGCAAUCAAGUGAACCUGGCUCAGCUGCUGAGGGACUCCAGAGAGCGAGUGAAGCAGCUCUCUGAGGAGGUCAAGGACCUCACCCAGAGGCUUGCAGAGGCUCAAGGAGACAACAAGCUUCUGAGGAUGACUAUUACUAAACAGAGGCUGGGGGACGAUGAAGUUGGGGUGCGUCACUUUCCUGCCCAUGAGCGGGAAGACCUGGUUAGCCAGCUGGAGAGAGCUGGCCUGCAGAUGGAAGAAAUGGAAAACUCCAUCAAGGCCUUGACAGAUGAGCUCCAGGACGUGAAGGCAGAACGCAGUGUGUUUAAGGAGAAGGCUGACCGGCUAAACGUUGAACUCAACCACAUUCUGGGGAACCACGAGUCGCGCAUCAUCGACGUGGACGCUCUUUGCAUGGAAAACCGGUAUCUGCAUGAGCGUUUCACUCAGCUGCAGGAGGAGGUCACCCUGUUGAAAUCCAACAUUAUGAAGUACAAGACGGCCCUUGAGAGAAGAAAAAACUCCAGCCCACAUGGAAGAUCAAGUAACACCCCCCUCACUGGUGUGCUCUCAGCCAAACAAGUCCAGGAGAUGCUCCUGGAGGAGCAGGGCUGCAGUUUACCCCUCACUCCUCAGUCCAUCUCAGACCUCAAGUCUUUGGCCACGGCUCUGCUGGAGACGAUCCAUGAGAAGAACCUGGUCAUCCAGCACCAAAGGCAUACGAACAGGAUUCUGGGUAACAGAGUGUCGGAUUUGGAAAGGAAGCUCAGAACCUUAGAGGUUUCCGGUUUAUGGAGUCUUCCAGGCUUGACCUACCACGUAUCUGUGGGAAUUGGGAGAACACGGGACAGCAUCACGCUGAACGAAAACCUUCAACUUGAGCUGCAUCCGACUCCGUCCCAACCAAACGCCCAGGCUCAAGGGCAGAUGCCCAAAGAUAAUAGAAGUUCCUGUGAAUCCUCUUGGGAAUGCCUCGCCGCUGGCACUGAGCUUAGCACAGAUGGUGUCAGCAGGGGAGACGCACCUGAGCUCCUGAACAUCCUGGAUCCUCUCGCCGGGGUGGAAUCGACUGACGGGAGAAGGGAGGAAACCGCGACCCUGACCGGGGGUCCUGAGCUGGAGGAUGGGCAGAGUCCAGUGGAAGAAGCGGGGCAUGAGGUGGAGCUGUCGGAGGAUGAAGACCUGUGUUCAACCGUGGAGGAAGGAGAAGAAGCGGCGGAGGCGCUGGACGCUCCAACAUCUGAGUCUGAACCUCAGUGGCUUUCGAUGGAACAAGCCUCCAUCCGACAGUCAAAAGACAGUCACCCGUCCAACCUGCACCAUGUGUCGACUGAUGUGCAAGAAGUCUCCGCAUUGACUUCAAAGAGGGACGUUGUGGAAGAGUCGAGCAGAACAGGGCAUGAUGACGAUGCCACAUUAGCACAAUGCAAUGUCACAUUGUAAAAAUGUAUAUAGAUCCUUAUUGCAGCUACAGCUGCUGACAUUUUCAUUUCCACCUUGCACUUGAACACUCUAACUUUUGCGUUUUCAUAUCAGCUAUGUCUCUUUUCGGUCAAAAAAAACCCAUUUUUUUUUAGCCAAAGCUGGAAUAAUAUGCCUUUUACUGAGGUGGGCUUGUUGCUGUGUGGGAGCAGAGCAUCUUCAAAUCAAUGAAGUUGUAAACCGCAUGCCCUCGAGGAGGAAUUUAGCUGGAAAAACAGCAUCAUCAACUUCUGCGUCUUAUGUUUCCUUUUUCUUUCCCUUGUGAAAAAAAUAAUCCCCAUUGUUUGCUUACUUCUUGUUCUUUAAGGCUACCAGAGUAGUGAUGAUCUAUUUUGGCGAGGCUCCAUUAGGAAUUUCAAAUUGGUGUGCCAGAUCCUUUAAUGAAUGUGUUGUACAUAUUUGUUUAUGAAAAAUCUCUCUUUUGACUAUUAAUGGCGGUUCAUUUACAGGAUUAGGUCCUAAAAAUUGGUCAAAAAUGUAUAUUUUCUAGUUUUGGAUGCAACUACGUGUGCCUUAAAUGUCAAAUAUCUGAUGUUAUGUGUAAAUAUAGAUGCAUAAACCUUGA